AUGCCAUCAGUAAAUAAAAUCACACAUAUUUCACCUGAAUCAUCGCUGUUUGAGGAUAAAAUCGUUCAGACAUUCUCGAGAUUGAACACACUACCAGCAUCGACUCAGGGGGAGUUGUGGCGAUUAUUUCUUGGUAUAUCAACGGCUGUUGCAACAAAUACAUCUUUGGAUCUGGAUUUUAUAUCCGAUGUUAUUGCACUCACAAAACCGAGAAUCAAAGAAGAAAACUUAGAAACAAAACGUGUUCGAUCAGAUGAAAUUGGUGAAGAUUUAACGUUAUCAUCAAUAGUAAAAAAAGCCAGAAUAAGUGAACCGAUAACAUAUUCGUAUACACCAGGAUUGGAUAUAACAUCCUUACCUUCAUCAUCUACAACCUACCCAACAUUGUAUAAUCAAACUACUACUGUAUCAUCAUCGGAUCAACAUUCGUUAACAACAAUGAAACAAAGAAAACACAAAUCUUUACCCAGCGGACGACCGCUACAAAUACAUGAGCUAGCAUUUGAUGAAGGAGUUUUAGAUGAUGAAACACGUACACAAAAACAAAAACGUAAACAAUUACCGGCCUCGGUUCGAGUCAAUUCACUUUUAAGUCGAAUUGAAAAUGUUCUUAAUCCAUUUGAAAAAUAUGCCAAACAAAACAUUAUUCCAUAUAUAAAUAUAGCCGAUGACGAUGAUGAUGAAAAAUAA